AUGGGGAAGUCCGAAGUUGAACAACGGGUGGAGAGCGAUCCAGUGACACCAACAGAGGAGUUAGCAGACGGAACCAGUGAAAGGCCAAAUGUGGAGCAUCAGUUCAAUGAGCAAACAAAUUAUCUGCCAACGGCUAGAAUUAUUACUAUUUUCCUUGUAUGCGCUUCCAUCGACUUCUUUACUCUAAUGGACCAGACAACACUGGCUGCCAGUUUAUCAAUAGUCAGUUCACAGCUCGGUGCAGGGAGCCAAUCGUCCUGGAUUGCCGGAGGGUUCUUUAUAACAUCGACAUCAUUCCAGCUGCUGUACGGGAGACUGUCGGAUAUCUGGUCGCGGAAAAACAUAUUACUUGUUGGAUUCGGAAUCUUCUUCUUCGGCUCUCUUGCGUCAUCACUCGCAACAAAUGUUGCCCAGCUGAUUGUAUUUCGUGCGAUAACUGGGAUAGGGGGUGGAGGGUUGAUGACCAUCGCGCAGACGGUCAUAAGUGAUGUUGUGUCAUUGAGGGAGCGUGGAAAGUACCAGGGGAUUUUUGGUGCGUUCGUCGCUCUUGCUAAUGGAAUCGGUCCAGUUAUUGGAGGAGCGUUGGCAAAACAUGAUUGGAGAUGGAUCUUCCGGUUGAAUCUCCCCUUAACUGCAAUCACUAUGGUUGGUGUGAUUUUCUUUACGCCACUCAAGAAAGUUGAAGGAGACUGGAAGAAAAAAAUCCGAGCCAUUGAUUUCCUUGGUGCUUUUUUUGCUCUGGGCGGAUCAACACUGAUCGUGCUGGCAUUAACCUGGGGAGGUGGUGAGAAACUAUGGGAUUCAGCGGCCGUCAUCGCUUCCUUGGUUUUAGGAGUUACAUGCUGUGUAGCCUUUGUGCUUUGGCAGUGGAAGGGAGCAACUUUGCCCCUUGUACCUCUCUAUAUUUUCAAGCAAAAGGUGGUUAACGGCGCUUCGUUAACCAUGUUUAUCAACGGUUGGGGCUUCGUGACCCAGGUGUACUAUAUUCCCACUUUUUACCAGCUAGUGUAUGGCUACUCGACGGUAAAGUCGGGUGCUCUGCUGCUGCCAAUUACCCUUACACAGACUGCUUUCAGCACGUUGUCAGGUUUGCUCAUUCAUAAGACGGGUCGAUAUAGAGAGGCUAUUUUGGUUGGAUGGAUUGCUUGGUCAGUAGGGCUUGGUAUGUUCUCCACACUGAACGAGACCUCUGGACUGGGGAAGCAAAUCGGUUAUGCCGUCUUGACUGGUUUUGGGGUGGGUUGCACACUGCAACCGUCCCUAAUUGCAAUCCAGGCAAGCGUUUCGAGAAAAAACAUGGCUGUCGUCACUUCGUUCCGGAGUUUUAUCAGGAAUCUUGGGGCCACCUUCGGUCUCGCAGUUGCGGGAACUAUUAUCAAUAAUAGUCUUCGUUCAGCAUUAUCCGGCCUGGCAGAUGUCCAGCCAGAAAAUAUACAGUGGCUACUAAAUCAUCCGGGAGAUGUUCUAAGUGGAUCGGUCGUUUUACCCGGAACAGAAAAUUCAAUCAAUUUGAAAGGAGUAUUCGUUGAGGCUUACAAGAAGGGCUUCAGAACGGUGUUCCUCGUUGGCGCGGGGCUUGCAGCCUCAGCAUUCGUGUUUGCAUUCUUCCUUCUGCCACAGAUUGAGUUGUCGCGGCCAGACGAGGAAAAGCUCAAGGCAGAAGGCAAAAAAUAUGAUGAAGAGCUAAGGCAGAAGAAAGAAGCAAGGUCGACUCAGGCACUGACGAGUGCGGAACCAGCUGCCGCGGAAAACAAAGCUGCGCAAGUUGAAAAUCCUUAA